AUGGCCGCCGCGGGCGCGACCGCGCGCGCCCGCGGGGCCGUCCUCGGCUGCCUCGUCGGCGACGCGGCUGCGACGCCGUGCCACUGGGUCUACGACCCCGCCAAGCUGGCCGCCCACGUGAGGGCGGCCAGGCGGGGCCCCGCCUUCUGCGACCCGCCCGGCAACUCGUUCUACACCACGCCGCCGGGCGCCCUGAGCUGCUACGGGGACCAGACGUUGGCGCUGCUCGAGUCGCUCGUGGAGAAGGGCGGCCGCCUGGACACGGAGGACUACGCCCGGCGGCUGGCCGAGAAGUUCGGGAGGGGCAGCGCCUACGAAGUGGAGGCCGUGGACCCGAGCGACUGGCCCAACCUGAAGAAGAACCCCACGGACGCGGAGGGCAAGGUCAUCGAGGGGCAGCGGGCCUGGAGCAUGCCACUCCCUGGGCCCUGGCGGCACGGCUCCAUCAAGGGCUUCCUCCGCAGGUACGUGACCGAGGGCAGGCGCUACCCCGAGUGCGGCUCCGACGACGAGCAGGUGGACGGCUGCUGCAAGGUCGCCCCGCUGGCGGCCCUGUACGCCGGCACGGAGCAUCUGCUGCCGCUCGUGGACCGCGCCGUCCGCGUGACGCAGAACACCGACCUGGCCGCCGGCUCCGCGUGCGCCUUCGCCCGGGUGCUCGAGCAGCUCAUCCUCGGGCAGGCCGCGUCCGUAGCCGACGCCGUCGCGCGGGCCACGGCGGACCUCCGGGACCCCGGCCGGAGCUUCAAGACCCCCGCCGACGACGAGGUGGCCGCCGGCCUUCACCGGCUCGUCGGCUUCGCGGGGCAGGCGCCGAGCGAUGUGGGCAGGGCGCUGAGGCCAGAGGGCUCCAGCUUCCCUUUCGCCGGGCUGAGCGGCUGCACCGCCAGCCGCGCGAGCCUCGCCGGCGCCUGCCUCGGGGCUCUGAGCACGGACGAGGCGGUCCCGCCGGAGUGGUCCAUCUCGCUAGUCGACGCGGAGAGGGUCCUGCAGCUCUGCUCCCAGCUCGCGGAGCUGCGCGAGGAGGCCCAGGCCUUGAGCUUCCAGGAGAUCGCCGGGGCGGUCUACGGGACGAGGGUUGUGUUCACCGAGACUGAGCGCAACACGCCCGAGACUACGAACGAGGGUGCCUUGCCGGACAGCUUCGGCACGAAGGAGAUCUUCCGCUUCAGCGUGGACAGCUCCACGAACGACGACACCGUCGAGGUCAGUCACGUCAGCUGUUCAGCGGUCAACAAGCUGCAGGCCCUGCCAGGGCAGCGGGGCUCGGCCGUGGCUCCGCGGCUCGGCGGAGCAGCGAGGUCCCUGGCGCGGGAGACUACGGGGGACCAGCUGCGAGACUGGGCUUUCGCGGACCCCAGCGACGGCAACGGCGCGAGGCAGUUCACGGGGCUUCAGAUGCCGACGGGCCAUGAAGACAUAGACCAGACGCUACCCAGGUUCGAGGUCGUUCGGCGCCGAGCUUCGACGCUAGACAAUUUCAACAUGGGACUGCAGGGCUACGCUUGGACGCUGCUGAACGCACUGAAUUGCAGUCCCCAGGAGCGGAACGAACUCCUGAUCCACUUCAGAGGCCACCUUCCGCGGACGGAGCAGCAGCACAACGAACUCGUCGAGCACAUCAGACACUACGGACACGUCCUCGAGCGGGCCCCGAUGGCCAUCAACAGGAACAGCGGCAAGGGCACGCAGGACGGUCAUUUCUUUUUUCCGACCUUCGACUUCGGCAGCGGAGGUGGAGGGCGCGAUGACAGCCAGGGCGGCAGCCUGGGCUUCGGCACUGGAGCGGGCAUGGCGGCCACCGGGUACCAUCGCUUCGGCAGGGGCCAGAGCGGCAAGGGCUCGCUGACCCCGCUCCGAGGCGCCAUUGGAUCGCGAGGACACGGCGGCGGCAAUUGGCAUCGCUACGAAGGCAAGCGAGACCCCGCCGGAAGAGAUGGCAAGGUGAUGAGGAGCUCGGUGAAGGCCCACGAGAGCGAGUACCACCAGACCAAGGGCGACGCGGGCGAGUCCACCGACGCCUCCGACGGGAUGGGCAUUUGCUUCAGCUGCGCCCCCCACAACGACGGCAUCGGAGGCAGAGUGGCGGAGGGCGACGAGGAGGUCGACUUAGUUAUCAGCGUUCGAUCUCAAAGUCGAAUCGGACUAUACGUCGGCGGGGGCGCCGGCGACGCGAAGGAUGACGAGAUUGAGCGCGAGGGCUACGACAAGCACGAGGGCGUCAACUUCGCGGGCGGCGAUCUGGACUUCCACGGGGUCGCCUGGGCGCUGGACAAGGAGAGCGAGACCCAUUCGCUCGUCCACGAGCGCACCAGGCUAGACAACGGCGAGAUGGGCAUCCUGGUCGACCCUGGCGCGCACGGGAAACUCGCGGGAGACCAGCGGGCCAAGCAGCAGGCCGCGAAGGCGUCGCGUUGCGGACGCAACGCCGAGGAGACGAUGCCCCGCGAACCUCUGGAGGUCAACGGCGUCGGCAAGAGCUGCAACCUGAAGGCCAGCGGGAGCGGGCACUGGCCACUGCCGCGCUCAAGGCCCAUGGAGACCGCCGCGACGAAGCCGACAGGAUUCCCGAUUGACAAGCUGCACCCGAAGGCCGAACAGCUCGACUUCGCGAUGGUCGAGAGCGAGAGCGAGACGAAGCCCCAGGACGAGGAGAGGCAAGGCUUUCGGCAGAGGCCCGAGAACUUAGGCGACGCCUCGCUGAAGGCAAAUUCCAGCUACCGCGGGCAGAUCUUCCAGGACGUCGCGGAGCUGAAACCGAGCAGCGACCCCGGCAGCGACUUCGAUGCCUUUGAGAAUGCGUUCGGUCCCAGGUGGCUGGAGCCGGGGCUGCCAUGUUCAUUGCUGAACGCGGCAGCUUUAUGUGGGUGA